GUGGAGAAGACACAACCUCAGGAGACACUGAAUCUUCCACAGGUUGUGUAAAGCAUCAAGGGUGAAAAACAGCCUCCUCCUCCUCCUCUUCAUCCUCCUCCUCCUCUGCUGCAGCAUCAAAACUAAAUCUGAGAAAUCUCAUCUGCUGAAGCCGCUUUGCAAAGAGAGAGAGAAAAACCACCUGGAGGUUUUCUGUGGAUUUAUUGAGGAAUCGUGUGCAGACAUGUCGCCUUUCCUGCGGAUCGGCUUCUCCAGCUUUGAGAUGGACCCCGGCCUGGCGUACCACGAGGAGGUGAUGAGCGCGUACUGUGCCGUGUACAUGAAGGAGGCCAUCGACACAGAGAAAGGUCAAGUGUACAAGCAGAAGAAGCCGACCAUGUACCCGCCGUGGAACACCACGUUCGAUGCCCACAUCCACUGCGGGCGCAUCAUGAACGUGAUGGUGAAGGACCGGACGGCCGAGCUGAAGUCUGAGGCCACGGUGGCUUUGGACUCGCUGGCGACGCGGUGCAAGAAGGAGAACGGCAAGCUGGAGAUCUGGUUGGAGCUGAAGCCUCAAGGUCGACUGCUCAUGGAGGCCAGAUAUUACCUGGAGAAGAGUGACGCCGCGGGUCAGACGGAGGGCGACCCGGAGUCGGAGCCGGAGAGAGACGGCUUGUUCGCCCUCCAUCAGCGACGCGGGGCCAUCAAACAGGCCAAACUCCACGUGGUCAAAUGUCACGAGUUCAGCGCCACGUUCUUCCCUCAGCCGACCUUCUGCUCCGUCUGCAAAGAGUUUGUUUGGGGUCUGAACAAACAGGGUUACCAGUGCAGACAGUGCAACGCAGCCAUCCACAAAAAGUGCAUCGACAAAAUUAUCGCCAAAUGUACAGGUUCCGCCAUAAACAGCAAAGAAACGAUGAUCCACAAGGAGCGAUUCAAGAUCGACAUGCCGCACAGGUUCAGAGUCUACAACUACAAAAGUCCGACCUUCUGCGAACACUGCGGGACGCUGCUCUGGGGUAUCGCCAGGCAGGGGCUCAAAUGUGAGGAGUGCAGCAUGAACGUUCAUCACAAGUGUCAGGCAAAAGUCGCCAACCUCUGCGGCGUCAACCAGAAGCUGAUGGCUGAAGCUCUGGCCAACAUCGAGAGCCUUCAGCUGGCCCGAAGCACCAAAGACAGUGAGAUCAUUGGUCGAGAAGGUCCAGUGGGCGUCGGCCAGGCAGGAAUUGUCCGAGCUCCGUCGGGGUUAAUUAUGGGAUUACCAGCCAAACCUACUCCUGCAAACAAAGAGCUGCUGGGCAUCUCGUGGGACGGGCCCACAGACGAGAGCGGGUCGCUCGCCGAGGCGUCGAAAGAGGAGGAGGAGCCGCUGUACGCCGUCCCGAGGAAGGAUCACCACCCCAAGUUCACCGUUGAAGACUUCGUCCUGCACAAGAUGCUCGGGAAGGGCAGCUUCGGAAAGGUGUUUCUGGCCGAGCUGAAGAAGAGUGGGCAGUUUUUCGCAGUCAAGGCUCUGAAGAAGGACGUGGUCCUGAUGGACGAUGACGUGGAGUGCACGAUGGUGGAGAGGAGGGUUCUGUGUUUAGCCUGGGAGAACCCCUUCCUCACACACCUGUACUGCACUUUCCAGACCAAGGAGAACCUGUUCUUCGUGAUGGAGUAUCUGAACGGAGGAGAUCUGAUGUUCCACAUCCAGAGCGUCCGCAAGUUUGACCAGCACAGAGCCACCUUCUACGCAGCCGAGAUCAUCUGUGGGCUCCAGUUCCUUCACUCAAAGGGAAUCAUCUACAGAGACCUGAAGCUGGACAAUGUGCUGCUGGACUCCGAGGGUCACAUAAAGAUCGCAGACUUCGGAAUGUGCAAGGAGAACAUGCAUGACGACCUGAGGACCUCGACCUUCUGUGGGACGCCCGACUACAUCGCCCCUGAGAUCCUUUUGGGGCAGAAGUACAACAGCGCAGUGGACUGGUGGUCGUUCGGCGUGCUGCUCUACGAGAUGCUCAUCGGUCACUCGCCGUUCCACGGCCGCGACGAGGAGGAGCUGUUCCAGUCCAUCCGCACAGACAAUCCUGUGUAUCCCUGCAGCCUCGCCAAGGACUCCAAGGACAUUCUCGUCAAGCUGUUUGUCAGAGAACCUGAGGAGCGGCUCGGAGUGAAGGGAAACAUCAGGCAACACGCUUUCUUCCGCACCACCGACUGGAACGCCCUGGAGCAGCGGCAGGUGGUGCCGCCCUUCAGGCCAACCAUAUCGUCUCCCAGCGACUGCAGCAACUUCGACAAGGAGUUCAUCAACGAGAAGCCGCGGCUGUCGUGCGCCGACCGGACUCUCAUCAACAGCGUGGACCAGACGAUGUUCCAGAACUUCUCCUUCGUCAACCCGGGGGUCAAUCGCAUGGCAGCGCAUUGACCUCUGACCUCCACACCGACAACCUACUACCUACAAACCAGCCGCUCGGUCACGACCAGCACUUCACUGCAACUACAACUAAACUUCAGACGCCGAAUGUCGAAUGGGGGGGGGGGGCUUUGAGUUAAGAAUAAAAUGAAUCACCUGAAGAAUCCCCAGUUUAAACCUGAACUCACCUUUGAGCUGUUUAUCCAUAGAAAACGUGUUUGUAAUGAAUUCGUGGUGCCUUGUCAUAAUUUAUGAAUUUCACUUUGUCAAGAAAAGUGGUUUGAAUGUUGAACGAAGGUUAUUGUGAACGAGGUACUUAGAUCCCGAGAUACUGCCGUUGUGACUCAUAUACAAUAAAAUGUGUGUUGUUGU